AUGAAAAGUGAAUCCUAAUCAUAUGCAUCAUAUUCAAGGAAUUUAAAUAAAGAUCCUUAAUAAUAAAGUUAUCAUUCAGCAACAUUCUAAACUCUAUAAACAUCACAAAGAAAUUACAUCUUAGAACAGACAUAAAAUGUAAAUGAUGAAGAAAAACGAUUAUUACAAAAACGAAUUGAGGAUUUAGAAUUUUAAUUGAAAAAUUUAUCACAAAAACCAAUUCUUUAUGAAUAAGAAAUAGCCAGAUCAACAAUCUAAAGAGAAACAUUAUAAACUGAUUUUGGAAGUGCUAAUCAAACUAUUAGAUAAUUAUAAUCCAAAAUUUCUGAUUUAGAGGUAUCUAGUUAAAUACGAUUAUCUCAACAGAAUGAAGUUAGUAAACGAUAGAUUCUUGAUUUGGAAGACAGAUUACAAAAAUUAUAAAUACAAUGUGAUUCUUAGGUUAUCUAAAUAAAUUAAUUACAAAGAGACAAGGUAAGUCUUGCAUCUUAAUGUCAAGCUUUGUAAGAUCAAAUAGGUAGUUCUAAAUUGAAUUAUAAACAGGAGAUAUCUGAAGGUGAAUUAAGAUACACUAAAGAUAGUCAACGAUUAUCAUUAAUUGUGAAUGAAAAAUAAGUCAAUAUAUAAUAAUUAGAAUUAAGAUAUCAAUAAUUAAAUGAUUAAUUUUAAAUGUUAUAAAGGAAAUAUGAUUAAGAUACUUCAUCUCUUAAAGUUUAAUGUAAUGAUGCUGAAGAUAGAUAUAGAAGAUUAUAAUAAUAAUUUGAUUAAUAAACUAUUUUAGUGAAUACAAUAAAUAUAGAAAAAUAGAAUUUGGCAGUUUAAUUGGAUAAAUUGUAAUCAGAAUCUAAUACAUAAAUUUAUAAUUAUUAAUCAACAAUCAAAACAAAUGAAUCUAAAUUCAUUAGAGAUUAAUAAUAAUUUUAAACUUAAUUAAAUGAAAAAAUAUAAUAAAUUAAUGAUUUAGAGAAAAAAAAUAGAUAAUAAUUAGAUUAAUUCUUUUAAUUAUAAUAAUUAUAUGAUAAGGAUACAUAGGCAUUGAAUUAUAGAAUUUAAGAUCUUGAAGAUAAAUUAAAUAAAUUAUCAAGAUCAUUUGAUUUAUAGACUAAUGAACUUAAUUAGAUUUAUUCUGAUAAGGAAAGAAUUGAGAGAUAAUAUUUGAAGUUGUAAGAUGAAAUUAAUACUCAAAAACUUAGAUACAAUUAAGAAAUUACUAAAACUGAUGAAUUAUCAUCAAAAGAAAGAUCAUGGUUUUAAGUUUAAUUGAAUGAUAGAUAAUAAACUAUUACUGAAUUAGAAUUAAAAGUAAAAUAACUUAGUGAACAAUUAUAAACAAUAUAAAGAAGAACUGACAAUGAUAUUUUAAUAUUCUAAAAAUAAAUAACAGAAUUAUCAGAUAGAUUAAGAAAUUAAUAAGAAUAAUUAGAUCUUAAAAAUAAUUAAUAUAUUUAAUUAAAUAAAGAAAAGAAUCUUAUUAUUAAUUAAUUUGAAUAAUUAUAAUAAGAAUUUAAUGAUUAUAGAAGAAUAUAUGAAAAUGAUGUAUCAAAAUUAAAUAGAGAUAAUUAAAGAAUCACAAGUAAUGUAAAUGAAAAAACAUAAUCUUAUAUUUAAUUAGAAGGAAAGUAUUAAUUAUUGAAUGAAGAAUUCUAAGCAUUAUAAGUUAGAUUUGAAAAAGAAACUAAUAAUUAUACAAUGAGAAUGAAAGAAUUAGAAGAAGAUUUAUCUAUUAUGAUUGAAAAUUAUAGAAGAGAAUAAAAUGUAAAUUUAUUUAUUUAUUUAUUAUAGAUUAAUAGAGAUUGGGAACAAUAAGUAAUUAGAUUGAAAUAAUAAAUUAAAUAUUCAGUAGAUGAAACUAGAAUAUCUACAGAAAAAACAUUAAUUGAAAAAUAUGAAAAUUUGACUAGUGAAUAAAAAUAAGAAUUUGAUAUCAUUUUUAGUAAAUUAAAUUAAGAUAAAAAUGAAUUGAGAAUAUAAUUGAAUUAAAAAGUAGAUUAAAUUAGAGCAUUGGAAAAUUAAAUUACAUAAUUAAAUUUAUAGAAUACUAAAAAUUUAACAUUAAUUUCUGAAUUGGAAUCAGCCAAUUAAUCAUUAAAAUAUUAAGUUAAUGAAUAAGAAUAAAAAAUUAAGACUCUUAUCAUGUAAGAAUUUGAUUCUUUGGUAUAUUAAUAUAAUUAAUUAUUUUUAGAGAGAUAAAUCUGCUGAUUAAAUGAUCAGAAAUUUGAUGGCAGAAAUUAAAGCUUUAUAAAAUAAAUUAAAGAAAUAUGAAGUUUAUAUGAAAAAUAUUGAUGAAUAAAAACUCUAAGAAUAAUUUUAAAAUGAAUCUAAUCUUGGUAGAAGUAGUUAUGUAAUUGAAUAAAGAGUAACAACUGGAUCAAGUAUUAUUGGUUAAGGAGGUACAUCUUAAGUUAAUAAUGGUAAGAUUUAAUAAUUAGAAUCAUCUCUAAAAAUAUCUUAGUAGAAAGAGAGGGAAUUAUAGAAUUAAAUUAAUUAAUUGAGUUCUUAAUUAAAUCAAUAAGCACCUAAUUCUUAAAGAAAUUCAUUUAUUAAUAAUCAAAAUAAUGAUAAUGGAUAGAAUUAAUUAAAUGAAAAGAUUAAAAAUUAAGAAAGGGAAAUCCUAGAAUUAAAAUCAAGAAUCUAAACGACUUCAUAAACAAGAGUAGAUACUAGAUAUGAAUAAUCAUAAUUAGAUGAAAAAAAUAAAAGAAUUAUUGAAUUAGAAAAUAAAUGUGCCCUUUUGGCUAAUGAAAAUUCAAGAUUGAAUUUAAUGAGAGUAAAUUAUAUUUUUUAUUUCUCUAGAGCAAAGUUAUUUCUGCCCAAUAAAAUCAACCUUAUGAAUCUUAAAGCAAUAAUGGAUCAUAAAGAUAUUAUUGA